AUGCGGCAGUUAAUGCACUUGUACACUAUACGAUGGCUUCUUGUUGGCUCAGUUCGAUCUCUCAGAUUAUCACCGAAGUAUUAUGUCAAACGGAAACGGAGAAAAUUUAUCGAACCUGUUGUGGUCGAGAAAACGCCCAGUAAGAAAAAGAUUGCUGAAAUUUAUGAAGACAUGGAAGUCGGAGAAUUGGCCAAAGUGUUAGAAAGUUCUGAAGAAGAAAUUUUGCAAGUGCUCAAAGGUUUGAACAAAUCACCGAGGAGCAAUAGUGAAAAGCUUGAUAUGUUUAGUAUCACCACUGUAGUUGGAGCUUUUGGUUUGAAACCAAAACUGGUAGCGUAUCCUCGAAAUGCUAUCGUUAAUAAUGUUGAAUUGGAUGCCUUUCCACAGCCUCCACCUCCAGAAGAUGAGUUAAGACAACGUCCACCUGUAAUCACCAUAAUGGGACAUGUUGAUCAUGGAAAGACAACGCUUCUUGAUUGUCUAAGGCAUUCUCAAAUUGUAGAAAGCGAAUAUGGUGGUAUUACACAACACAUCGGCGCUUUUACACUAGAUGAGAAAGAUUGUAAGAUUACAUUUCUGGACACACCUGGACAUGCGGCAUUCGCCAAGAUGCGAGAACGUGGUGCACAGUCAACUGAUAUAGUUGUUCUAGUGGUUGCUGCCGAUGAUGGAGUAAAUGAACAAACGGUACAGUGCAUAAAUUAUGCAAAACAAGCGGGUGUACCGAUCGUUGUUGCCAUCAAUAAGAUUGAUAAAGCUAAUGCUAAUCCUAUUAAAGCUAAACAAUCACUUGUGGAACACGGAAUUUUGGUAGAUGAUCUUGGUGGUGAUGUUUUAUGUGUUGAAAUUUCAGCUCUACAGGGUAAAAAUGUGCAUGAACUAAAGGAAGCAAUCUUACUACAAGCUGAGGAUAUGAAUUUGCGUUCAACUUGGAAUGGACUAGUGGAAGGGAUUGUGAUUGAGUCAAAAAUUCAAAGCGGUUUUGGCAAGGUUUGUACAAUGAUUGUCCAACGUGGGACUCUCGUGAAAGGCGCAGCGCUGGUAGCUGGAACAUCUUGGGCUAGAGUCCGUGCAAUGCAUGAUGAAUAUGGCCGCGAGUUAGCGAAAGCUGUCCCAAGUACCCCAGUAGUAGUCGCUGGCUGGCGAGAAAAUUUGCCUGUUCCAGGAGAACGAAUUCUUCAAUUGGAAAAUGAACAAAAGGCUCAGCAAGUUGCUCGUUAUAGAUUGAGGAAGGAAAUAAAUAAAAAAGCGCAACAAGAUUGGAAAACUGCUGAAGAGCGAAUUGAGAGCGAUAGAAAGAAGUAUUUAGAAAACCGCCGUAAGUUAUUAGAUGCUGGUUUACGUGUUGGGUCUACUUUACGCCUGGUCGUCCAUAAGGAGCAGAAGUAUCAAAAGGAUACUGAAAAUCAAAAACCAUGCGUAAGGUUAAUGCUCAACGCCGAUGUUGAUGGAACUCUCGAAGCCAUCCUAAAUGUUUUCGACACAUACAAGUCGGAUGAAGUUGAGCUGGAUCUUGUGAAAUUCGGUGUUGGACCGCCCAGUGAAAGUGAUGUCUUGUUAGCAAAAGAUCUUGGAGUUCUGCUUUACUGUUUCAACGUUCAAGUGUCACCAGGAUUGAUGCGUAAUGCUGAACAGUUAGAUGUGGAAAUUAAUUGCUUCAACGUUAUUUAUCGUUUAGUAGAAGAUUUGAAAAGUCGUUUAUCGAAUUGCCUCCCGGAAGAAGUGACGUUUGAACAAGUUGGUGAAGGACAUGUAAUAAAAAGCUUUUCAGUGAUUGUUGGGCGAAAGAGGCAAUCGGUUGCCGGCAUUCUAGUAGAUUGGGGCACGAUCAAUAAAACGGAUUCUCUGCGGGUGGUAAGAGGUACAACUGUUAUCUUUGAAGGGUCUAUACGUUCGAUGCGCAUUGGAGCUCAGGCAGUGAAUUCGGCAAGUAAAAACGAAGAAGUGGGUGUUGCUGUAUCAAAUGAAAAGAUCGUUUUCAAAGAGGACGACAUUAUUGAAACGUAUCGAGAAACGAAGGUAAAAAAGGAAAUCAAUUGGAAUCCUCCAGGUUUUUAG